UGGGUUUACACGCCAUUGCAGAUCCAAGAUGGCGUCGGUUUCUUCGAAAACCAGAGGAGCGAGAUGAUAGCAGUCGGCUGAAAUCAUGGCAUCCGUCAGUACGGGGAGUAGGGUGUCCUGUGGAAGAGAUUUGAAUUGUGUGCCGGAGGUAGCCGACACGUUAACUGCGGUCGCCAAACUUGGGUUUGAGUUCUUAUGCAUGCCACUGUUCCACCCGAGGUUCAGGAGGGAGUUUGAGUUUGAGCCCGCUAAAUCCCGACCCGGUGCCCAGACCCGCUCUGACCUGCUGUUGUGUGGACGAGAUUGGAAUACCCUUAUUGUUGGGAAGCUCUCUCCAUGGAUUGAUGCAGAUUCUGAAAUUGAGACGGAACGCAGAAACUCGGAAGCUGCUCUCACACAGGAGCUAAACUUCUCGGCCUACCUGGGUCUGCCCGUCUUUAUGAUCCCUCUGAAAGGCCCUCGGAAUGCCAAUCUUGCUCGCCUGCUGCUAAACCACAUCCAUACUGGACACCACACCUCAAAUUACUGGAUAUGUGUCCCACUGAUGGCCUCAGAGGACAUGCGGGAAGAUCUGAUUGAGAAUGAACCGACCACUUACAUUGAUGACACAAGUGUUGAUGAGAAGACCUGGAGCUGGUGGCACUCAUUUAGAACCCUUUGUGAUUACAACAAGAGGAUCUGUCUUGCUAUUGAAGUUGGAGCAGACAUGCCAUCAGACGCUGUGAUAGACAAGUGGCUUGGUGAAACUAUCAAAGCAGCCAUACUUCCCACCAGCAUCUUCCUAACGAAUAAAAAGGGCUUCCCUGUUUUGUCCAAAGCCCAUCAGCGAAUCAUCUUUCGUCUUUUCAAACUGGAGGCCCAGUUCAUAUUGGCAGGCACCAGUCGCCACACUGACAAGGACUUCCGGUGCUACCUGCAGUACCUGGGACACCUCCACAAGAACCGGCCUGCGCCCAAUGCCUACGAGCUCUUCGCCAAGGGCUAUGAAGACUACUUGCAGUCCCCUCUACAGCCCCUCAUGGACAACUUGGACUCUCAGACAUAUGAAGUGUUUGAGAAGGAUCCUGUUAAAUACUCACAGUACCAACAGGCUGUGUAUAAAUGUCUACUUGACAGAGUUCCAGAAGAGCAGAAAGAGACUAAUGUUCAGGUGUUGAUGGUGUUAGGAGCAGGUAGAGGCCCACUGGUCAACGCAUCUCUGCGUGCUGCCAGACAGGCAGACAGGAAGCUCCGGAUAUAUGCUGUGGAGAAAAAUCCCAAUGCCGUCAUUACGCUAGAGAACUGGCGCUUUGAGGAGUGGGGUGAUCAGGUGACAGUGGUGUCAUGUGACAUGCGUGACUGGGAAGCGCCUGAGAAGGCUGACAUCUUGGUGAGCGAGCUCCUUGGUUCAUUUGGUGACAAUGAACUCUCUCCUGAAUGCUUGGAUGGAGCGCAGCACUUUCUCAAAGAUGAUGGAGUGAGCAUCCCCUGUUCCUACACAUCCUUUGUGGCUCCUCUGUCGUCCUCCAAGCUUUACAAUGAAGUACGAGGCUGCCGGGAACGGGACAAGGACCCAGAGUGCCAUUUUGAGAUGCCCUAUGUAGUGCGCCUUCAUAACUUCCACCAACUAGCUGACCCAAAACCUUGCUUCACCUUCACACACCCCACAACAGAUAUGAACAACAACCGGUAUCAGUGCCUCAGAUUCCCAGUGGGUUGUAACUCGGUGCUUCAUGGCUUUGCUGGCUACUUUGAGACCACACUGUACAAAGAUGUCACUCUCAGUAUAAAACCAGACACGCAUUCACCUGGAAUGUUCUCUUGGUUCCCCAUUCUGUUUCCACUCAAACAACCCAUCUCAAUAUCCCGGGAUGAUAACGUUACAGUGCGAUUCUGGCGCUGCAACAAUGGAAAGAAGGUGUGGUAUGAAUGGGCUGUGACCGAGCCCUCCUGCUCUGCCAUCCACAACUCUGCCGGACGCUCCUACACGAUUGGCCUUUGAAGACAACAUGUAGCACACCUGUCAACAGACAAACACUCGCACGUUUGGUGGCAGUUGAAGUGGGGAGGUGGACUGGGUUUUUUUUAUAUAUAUAUACACAGAUACAACUAGGUCAGGUGGUGGUAUGAGCCCUUAAAAACCAGUGGUAGCACUUUUGAGCUGGCAAUGAAAAUGUUGAUUGGAUAAACCAGAUUUCAAUCUGUGGUUUCAAUCUGUACACACUGUAUUGUUUCUGUGUGUUUGGCUCAUUCAGGUUGGAUGAAACCUCGUUCUCUAGCUUCACUGGUUUGUCAUGUCAUACUUUUUUUAAUUUUUUUUGUUAUGUUCCUACUGUUCUAAACGGACAUACACAUUCAAAUCAACAGGACAUAUGCCUUAUCAAACACAUUUCACACAGGCCUCUACAUACUGACAAAACACUCUUCUCCUCAGCAUGAAGGGGUCAGAAGAAAGUAACUGUGUUCCUGUCACAUACUGUGUUGUUUGGGAAUCUCCUCCAUACAGUUUGUUAGUUUCUGUAUGUUUGAACCAUGCAAAUAAAAACACACUGUAAUGUUCUCUAAA